AUGAUGCAGUCCCUCUACCGCAACGCGACGUUCCUGCACCACCACGACCCCGACAGGAGACUCUACAUCGACCUAGACUCCUCCUACCUAGGCGCAGCAAGCGUAAUCUACAUAAUCCUCCUCUCUGUCACGACACGCACCCACGACAUCCACGACCACGGUCACCCCCUACCCCUCGCAAGAGCGCGCUCUACGAUAGGUAUAACCAAGGCGCGGCAGCGCGGCAAAAAGGCUGCGGAGACUAGAAAGAGGAACCAGGAAGCCGCCGACGCUAAGCGCCGCAUUUUCUCGCCGAGGGACAACGAGGCGCAAGGCGACAACGAGAACGACACGGCUCGCCGCGCAUUAUCACCGAAGGACAACCAGGCGCAAAGCGACGACAACAAGGACGAGCCGGAGCGCGCAGCUUCACCGAAAGACGGCACUAUAGUCGAAGGUCCCGAGAAGGACAAGACCGACAACAAGGGCGGCACGCAUCGUCCUACUACCCCAAAAGCGUCGCUACCGCAAACAAACUUCCGCAAAGUGUCGGUGCUACCACGAGAGCAGGGCCCAUACCGCACCACGUCCCCGAGGGACACGACCCGCAAGACUCUAGAAACAGUCGACCACGCAGACCACUUAUACACAGCCCACGGCGGAGGCGCAAAAAUCCCGGAGCCCACACCCGAGCAAAAGGCUGCGAACGACGAGCGCGCACGCGCCGCGCAAAAGGCACGCGAGGCAAAGGAGGCCCGAAGCAAAAUCCUCUGCCAACUACUGUCAGACCCGGAGGGCCAGGUGCACACAGCCUUCAAACAAAAGUGGAUAACUCUGCCGAAGGGCUGCCCAUACGCACAGGUCUUCCAAAUCGCAGUCGGAAACCUGCCACGAGCACUCGGUUUCUUCAGCAUUAGCUCCAAGGAGAGACCCAACGUCCAGAUCUACCUCCCGACAGCGUGGCAGCUCCGUUCCUUUAGGUUAACGGGCAAGCCGAUCCCGAGGGAGGUGCUCACGAACGACCAUACCCUCAUAUUCUACUACCUGAAUCGCGUUGGCUUUACCGCGGAGGCGGUCCACGAGCUGAUGUGCGCCGCCUACGCCUUUACACCAGCCGCAGUCCGCCCACUCUUCGCCCUUCUGAAGUAUCACCCCGAGGUCACAUUCGCCGGCGCUAGAAACCUCUUGGCCCGAAUAAUCGCCCAGAGCUCGCGCCCCAAGAGCUGGGUGCAAGCUACCCUCCUUAAUGCUCUUGCACAGGUGGCACCCUCCCCUUCGUCGAAGGCGACGAAGAAGGCAGAUAGCUCUUCCGAAGCACCCCCUCCCCGACUACUACCAGCCCCGGUCCCGGAAACCGAACACGUCUUUGUCAACCACGCAGCCGGCCGCAUCCUUCCGGAGAACGCGGUCCCUACACACCUCCAAAAGGCCCGCGCUGCGCUCGAGAGCCUUUACCGCGAGGAUCCUAAGUUGGAGGGCUACCUAGACCUCGUAGAGCAAGUAACCGAGUACAUGAAGGAAGGCGGGUUCCUAUUAGCAACAGUCCCGUACGUCGCGGAUCAAGAGACGGCCUGGCCAAAGGUCACACGCGACGACAGCGCGCCACCACGACUACGCCACAGACUGCUCCCCCGCGCGAAUGUUAGCACCGGCCUGCAGCACGCCUACGACGCAUUGGCGGACGUGCGAUCUACAGACGGCCUCCGCCGCAACGAAGCCGUUUCGAACACCUUGAGCGUGCUGCGCGCACUCGGGUGGAAUCUAACGCCAACUCGCGUGCUCGAUAACAGCUACAUCUAG